UUAUUCGCCGUAAAAUUCAUUAAACAAGAACUAGGUGGCGGAGGUGAAUUAACCUUCGGCAAUUACGAUAAAUCCAUAAUCAAAGGAGAUAUUAUCUGGGUAAACAACACCGAUGAAUACUUUUGGACAGCAAUUUUAGAUGAUAUAUACGUCGAUGAUAUAGACUUGGAAGUUGGCGGUCCAUUUAUUUUCGAUACCGGUGCAACUUACAUAUUUGCAUCUUGUUCAAUGGUCGAGCGUAUUUAUGACUCGAUACCUGGAUCCCAAUUGUUUGUAGAUGGAACUUGGGUAUUACCGUGUAACCAUACCGAUAAUAAAUACGAUGUAAAAUUGCUAUUCAAGAAUCUUAAUUUCACUAUCCCAAUAAAAGAUUUCAUACAAGAACCAGUAAACGCGACUGGUCUACCAGAUGACAUAGACCCGACUGGUCUCUGCAUUGGUGGUGCUCAACAAAGUGAUUCGGAUUAUAUAAUUGGUGCUGUUUUCUUCAAGCUCUUCUACGUUAUUUUUGAUCAAGAUGGAGAUAGGAUCGGUUUGGCUUAUCGGAAAGAAGUUAAUGGUUCAAGUUCAUAUUAA